CUCUCCACUAUGUCUCAAGAUAAAAUCCCCUGCGUCCCCACUCGUCUGGCACUGCAGAACUUCAAGCAGAAGCUCGUCGCCGCGACGGCCGGCCACCUCAUCUUGAAGAAGAAGGUUGACGCGCUGACAAUCAAGUUCCAUUCGAUCCUUAGAAUAAUCGUAGAAAAAAAGUCCAUGUUGGGAGAGGUGAUGAGAGACGCCUACAUCUCUCUGUCCGCCGCCAAAUUCGCCGUCUCAGACUCGAACUUCCAAUACCUUGUUCUGGAGAACGUAGAGGGGACCAGCUACAAGCUCAGGUACUCGACCAGCGACAGCGACGAGAUCGCGCGGCUGAGGACGACCAUCGCGCGCGUUUGCGUCGUGCAACUCCCGAUAUUCGAGCCGUACAAGGUGACGGGCCUCAAGAAGGAGUACGCGGGGCUGGGACAGGGCGGGGGUAAGAUCAAGGCGUGCUGCGAGAGCUACUCGAAGGUGCUGAAGCUCGUCAUCGAGAUCGCCACGCUACAGACGCUGUUCCUGACCCUGGAUCAGGUUAUCAAGUCGACCAACAGAAGGGUGAACGCCAUCGAGCAUAUCAUCAAGCCGAGGCUGAUCAACACCAUAGCCAGCAUACAGAUAGAGUUGGAGGAGAUGGAGAGAGAGGAGAUGUUCAGGCUGAAGAAGUUCCAGCAGAACAAGGAGAAGGAGGCAUCGCGCGCGGUGGAGGCGUUCGAGGCGGCGACGGAGGACAUUGUGUUCUGAGUGAAAAAAGAAGAAAAAAAAAAAAAAA